AUGCCGAACAGUCACCUGAACGCACCCCAGCUGGGCACGUCUGCAAGCUACGCCAGGUCGCAGGACUUCCUCAACAUUGACGAGCCGCCCUCUGCGCAGGAAACGCCCAGCGUUUCUACGUUCAACCUCCCGGGCCCAACCACGCCCGCCCCCACCGCGGAGAAACCCACCCCCAUGCUCAGACGGCGGUCCACUAACUACAUGGACGCACUCAGUUCCCGGGCACAAGCCCGGGAACGCGAGAGCAGCAUCGGCGAGCACGCUCCGAUCCCGAUCCCGGCCCCGGCCCCGGCCCCGGUCUCGGAGUCUUCCUCGGGAGCAGUCUCCGCUGCUGAGCGCAGGGGCAGCGGACCCAUGGACUUCCAGAAUACCAUCCACAACUUGCAGUACCAAACCACCAACGACUCGGACAUGAGCCACGCGGGCGUGGACAUGGGCGACUCCAUCUCGCACACGCCGGCCAGCUCCGGAACAAGUGACCAGCCAAUCUUCAAGAGCUCGUUCCUCAACAACGGCAGCGGUAACAACACUAGGAUUCCUCGCGACGCCGCCUUGCAACCCGAUCCGCCACGCAGGAAGUCGUCCUUUAAGUACGAGGACUUCAAAAAGGACAUCUACAACAAGCUUCACAUGUUCGAGGACAAGUAA